CUCCUCCAUGGUACUGGCAUCCGACUUACGCUAUUUAUUCCAUUCCGUCCUCACUCGUCUUUUUAUCCAUCCCCUCCCAAACGGACAAAGCGAGGCCUCUCUCUAGCUUGCAACGGAGUCUAAUCUUUGACAAACCCCUGUGAACACCUGAUUCGAAAGAGGUAGACUCCUGCUGCAUGUUGUGCUUGCAAGUAUUGCUGAUGAUUUCUAUCCUUCCGGUGAGUCUUGUUGAUAGAGCUACUUACGUUGCAUUAGAGUUCCUUUAAGCUUGGAAGAUGACUGCAUCCAAGCCUAUGACUUGGAUGAUCUCACAUGUCAUUCUAGAUUUGGAUGGUACACUUCUAAAUACUGAUGGCGUUGUCAGUGAAGUAUUAAAAGAAUUUCUAGUCAAAUAUGGAAAGACAUGGAGGAGCACAGGCAUUCACAGAAUAGUUGGAAGGACACCUUUAGAAGUUGCAACUGCUGUUGUGGAAGACUAUGGACUCCCAUGCACACCAGAAGAGUUCAUGUCCACAAUUACUCCAAUGUUUUCUGACAAAUGGUGCAAUAUUAAAGCUCUUCCAGGUGCUAAUCGGCUAAUUAAACAUCUAAGGAGCAAGGGAGUGCCAAUGUGUUUGGCUUCAAACUCUUCAAAAUCAAAUAUAGAAGCCAAGAUUUCCUACCAUCAUGGCUGGAAAGGAUCCUUUACUGCAGUUGUUGGUGGUGAUGAAGUGGUAAUGGGGAAGCCAUCUCCUGAAAUUUUCCUUGAGGCUGCUAGAAGAAUGAAUGCUGAUCCAUCAAACUGCCUAGUGAUUGAGGAUUCGUUGCCUGGUGUCAUGGCUGGCAAGGCUGCAGGAAUGAAGGUGGUUGCUGUACCAUCUUUACCAAAACAAGCUAGUUCUUUCAGUUCAGCUGAUGAGGUGAUCAAUUCUCUGCUCGAUCUGCAUCCUGAAAAGUGGGGUUUGUCACCAUUCGAAGAUUGGAUAGAAGGCACUUUGCCAAUUGAACCAUGGUAUAUUGGAGGACCUGUUAUCAAAGGUUUUGGCCGUGGCUCAAAGGUACUUGGAAUACCAACAGGUGACUUACCUGCAGAAAACUUCUCUGCAUUACUUUCGGAACAUACUUCUGGGGUGUAUUUUGGCUGGGCAGGGCUGGCAACACGGGGUAUCUAUAAGAUGGUCAUGAGUAUUGGUUGGAACCCAUACUUCGACAACACUGAAAAGACUAUAGAACCAUGGCUGCUUCACAAAUUCAAUGAGGACUUUUACGGAGAGGAGCUACAUCUAGCCAUAGUGGGCUAUAUAAGACCAGAGGCCAAUUUUCCAUCACUAGAGAGCUUGAUAGCGAGGAUUCAGGAGGACGGGAGAAUUGCAGAGAAAGCUCUAGAUCUUCCUAUGUAUGCCUGCUACAAGGAUUCACCAUACUUAAUAAGUUCCUUGUGAUAGAAUGUCAUUCAUGAAGCAGGGUAGUAUUUAAGUUUAAAAAAGAGUAGGCCCUUGUUGAAGGGGCUCUGGAGAGAAAUCUUGCAUGAGAGAUCUCAAUGAAACAUUCCAUAUGGGAGGUUGGAACAUCCUAAUACCAUAUAGAACUGUUUGAUGAGGCUUAGCUCUUUCUUGUGGAAAGCUUUUUGGUAGCUUUGUGCCAGCCAUGUAACAUGCACCAUGCAUCUUAACUUUUGGCCAGCAUCUCUCUAGCUUUCCCUUGAAAAGAGUGAGAAUUGAACCAAAAGAGGUUAAUUUAGUUAAAAUAAGAUUACA